AUGGCGCUGCUGGCCCCUUCUUCACUCGUGCUGGGUCUUGCCUCAGCUGCCGUCUUGCCUCGUGCUGGCGAUCACUACCCCGAGAAGCAUGGCAGCAAGCACAAUCACACCAAGCUCAACGUCCAGGUUGGCGACAGGCCCUACUUCCUGAUCGACGACAUGGACGAGGGCUCGCUGAAGGACAAGCUCGAGAGCUGUUCAGAAGGCCCUUUCGCGCCUUCUGACUUCGUUUUCGCACAUCGUGGCGCCUCCCUCCAGUAUCCCGAGCAUACUUAUGCCGCCUAUAGCGCCGCUCGUCGCCAGGGCGCCGGUGUCAUUGAAUGCGAUGUUGCCUUCACAAAGGACAAGCAGCUUGUCUGCCGUCAUGCGCAGUGUGAUUUGCACACGACAACUAACAUCCUCAACACCACGCUCGCAUCCAAGUGCACCACACCCUUCACCCCAGCGAACAGCACUGCCCUUGCUUCGGCCAAGUGCUGCACCUCUGACCUCACACUCGCUGAGUACCAGACGCUGUGCGGAAAGCAAGACGGCUUCAAUCCCAACGGCACCACGGUUAAGCAAUACAUGGAUGGCACCCCGUAUUUCCGCACUGAUCUGUACUCCUCCGGCUGCCCCAAGAUUGUCACAUUAGACGAGUACAUCGACAUCGUCGACGGCUGGAAUCUGAAAUUCACCGCCGAGCUGAAAACGCCCGAGGUACCCAUGCCCUUCGACGGCUACACACAAGAGCAGUACGCCCAGGACAUGAUUGAUGCGUUCAAGAGCAAAGGUAUCGCUCCCGAGCGCGUUUGGCCGCAGAGUUUCCUCCCGAGCGAUAUCUUCUACUGGAUCGAUAACGAGCCCGAGUUUGGCAAGCAGGCCGUGUAUCUCGACGAGCGCGUCGACACACCUGCCGGGUAUGAGAAUGCUACUGCGUCUCUGCCCGCGCUCGCAGCGCGCGGCGUCAAGAUCAUGGCGCCCGCUAUGUUUGCGCUGACCAAGGUCGACAAUGCCACGGGCCAGAUCGUGCCGAGCGAGUAUGCGAUCGCGGCCAAGGAGAACAACCUCGAGAUCGUGGCCUGGAGUUUCGAGCGCUCGGGGUGGCUGCAAAUCGGUGGUGGCGGAUACUACUACGACUACGUGAAGAGCGUCAUCAACAAGGACGGAGACAUGUACACGGUGCUGGACGUACUGGCCCGGCAAGUUGGUAUUAAGGCUAUGUUCAGCGACUGGCCGGCUACAGUCACAUACUAUGCGAGCUGCUUUGGCCUGUAG